UGUUCUGUCAGUAAAAGCAUGUUCAGCUUAAACUCUGUGAUGGAUGAGAUAUGUGCGGACAGACUGACUGUGCAGCAUCUGUCCUCUUUACAGAGUGUAACCAAGGCUUUGAGAGAUGAGCAGUUCAGGUGUGGUGUGGAGACCGAGGUCCUGCACAGUCUCUCGGCACUUUUAUCAAGACUUUCUGAUAAGCUUCUAGAGGAUGAUGAGGCACAGACAGCACCACUGUGUCUCCAGCUUACAGCCGAGUGCUUCCGGGCCCAGAGAAAUGCCUGUGUGCAGUGUCCUCACAACCAGCGCAUUCUACGGGAUCAGGGUUGUAUCCAGGUAUCAUUAGGGAUUCUUGGAAAGUUACUUACGCUUACACCAGGAGCGUCGGAUCAUCGUCUCGAUGCACUUCGAUGUGGAAUUCAGUUUCUCGGCAAUGCCGCAGUUGGGAACCAACUAUGUAAAGAUGACAUUUGGGCCUGUGGUUUUCCACACAUGUUUUUGGAUCUUUUGGAACUGAAUGAUGAGAAGGCUGUGGCGUAUAUGUGCAUGGUCAUAUACACCUGUCUGGAUACAGAGAAGACAGAGCAGCUGGGCGUGGAUCCGAUCAAGUUGAAAGUGGCACUGAAAAUCACUGAGCUGUGUCGUACUCUGCCUGACAUUGACUGGACAGUACUGAUUGUCACACAACAUUUCUUCAAAUCCUCCGAGCUCACAGAGAAGAUGUAUUCAGAGAUGAGUGAUCAUGAAAGGCUUACAUUACUGGAGCUUGUGAUAACUCAACUUGGAGAAGUUAAAGAGGAAGACUGUGUGAUUCCUCUGAGAACAGCUCAGUUCUUCACAUUAUCCUUCCAGCACAGCUGCAAGGCUGUUCUCACUCUCAGCUCCGUCUCAUCAGCUGAUGAGCAGGCCUUGGUAGUGAUCAGGCUCCUGGAUAUUCUCUGUGACAUGACGUCAGGAAAGAGAAAAUUUAUGGAUCUUCAGAAUCACCCAGACCUUCUCCAGACAACAAUUGAGCUCCUGAAAGAAGUGCAUUUUCUAGGGAAGGCCAGUAAAAACAUUUUCAGUGCAGCGCAGGAUUUCUCUCUAACGUCAUCAGACAAAGUCGGCACACACCCUGCCCUCAGCUUUAAAGCCCACCUCAUUCGGCUGAUUGGAAACCUGUGCCAUGGACACACAGCCAACCAAAACCAGGUCAGAGAACUGGAUGGUAUAGCCCUCAUCCUGGACAACUGCAGUAUAGACAGUAACAAUCCCUUCAUAAGCCAGUGGGCUGUUUUUGCCAUCCGGAACAUUCUGGAGCAUAAUGUGGAGAACCAAAGGCUGGUGCAGGGUUUAAGGAGGCAGGGGGUGGCGGAUGACUCCAUCCUCAGAGAGUUGGGCUUCUGUGUGCAAGAGAGAGAUGGCAACCUGCUCCUGAGACCUCUCAAAAAAGAGAAGGAGCAAAGAGAGCACUAAACCUGGAGCCCUCAUCUCAUCCCAUCCACUCCUCUGCACUCGACAUCACAUUCUGGAGACAGCUUAAGACACCCACAGAGACCGUCGCGCACACAGAAAACACAGAGGGUAUUUUAAUAUCCAAUCAGUAUUGAGAACACAAGGGGGCAGGGAAGCGGAGAGAGGAGUGUACUUUGCUUUGUACUCUUUGCACAAGAGGAACGCCAAGGGGCUUUUCUGCAGGGACUCAUGCUGAUGCCUGUGAUGCAUUUAGUGGCCUUUGAUUCCAGCUCCCAGUGAAUAGGAUUCAAAUCCUCUGAAACAAGGAGACCCAUGUCUUCCUGGCUUUUCAGCCACCAAAGAAACUCUAGUGACCGGUGGGGAAUAGAGGUUAAUCUCUAAUCCAGUGAGUUUUAUGGAGACCUGGGGCCCCCUUGAUCCGUUCACAUGAGGGUUUCUUCUCAAUAGCCGUGGGACCUGGGUCCCCACUUUUUUUGUGUUUUGUUUUGUUUUGUUUUGUGUUGGUUUUUGGCUAUGUUUUCUGCUUUGGGAAUGUCACAUAUACAGUCCCUGUACUGGUUUUCUCUUUAACAGUUAAAUGAAUACUCACUUAUCUGGCUCUGAAGAGUUUAUUGUAGAUUAAUGGGCUUUCACACCAGUUGUAGUUUAAAAGAAUCUGUUUUCACACAAAACACCAGCUCCUAGUCUAGCAUUAUUCGCAUCUACACUGAGCGGUUGUGACUUAUCAGCUAUCUGAUCGUCUUAGAUUCUCCGUUAGCCCAUCGUGUCCUCAGACACAGACCAAAGUCUGUUUUGGCCCAAGCAUAUUGCACUAAGGUCAAUCAGACCAGAAGUAUUAUCUUGCAGGAUGGCAUGACACCUCGUCUCCUGUUCACGCUGGUAGAAUGAGUUGAAUGUUCCUGACACCUGCAUAAUACCCGGCUGCAGAGGUCUCUCCUCGCCCCACACCGCCCUGUUUGCUCUGCCUCAUAUUUUUUAAUGACAAAAUGUUUGUGUGACACAAUUGAGGUUGACUUUUCUCCCAAUCCAGGCUAUAGUGUUGGGAGCUUAUGCGGUUCCGGUAGCCAGCAGUUCAGACGGCUAACAAAACACGACUGCUUUAAUUCUGCUCCGCUGACUGCCUGUAAUGCUUUUCACACAGGAAAAGAGUGCUGAGCGAGGGAAUGAGGCGGCGUGAACAGCUAUUCAAAUGCUUGCUGGGUAGGACUGGGCGGAGAUGAGGGUCACGCCAGCAACAAUCACUCAACUGCUCUCAAUUUGGAAAGUGCUACAUGAACAUAAGUUGAUCUGAUUUAAUAUUAUUAAUAUUUAAACAAUAAUUUCUGGGGGUUUAUUUUAGCCACACAGUGAAUAGUCACAAGCAACAAUGUUCACUGAAAUGAAUUCAUUUAUUAACCUAAUAAAGUUGCCGCAAUACUACAUGUAUAACCAGGCUACAAAAGGAUGAGAUGGAUUUAUGUCAAAAUAGAUUUGAAAAUAUUGGGCUACUGUGGAAAAAAGAAACAGUGUGUACAUAAUUAAUUUGGGACACAAUUCAGCAUAAUUAAUUGUUCAAAUCAUAAAGAAACAAUGAUAAUAUAUAAUAAGGAAAAUAGUAAUAAUUACUUUUUUUCUGAAUAUACAUGACAUAAAGUGCCAGAUUUUCUGUGUAAAAAAAUAUACUCUCAAAUUUGCCAGCCCUAAACCUUGCAUAAACAAUUCUGAAUAAAAGAAUGUUGCUACCCAUGAAUCUUUUCAGCCCCCAGCUGUAUGGUUAGGCAAAGUCCAUUGGCUCAGGCAUAUAGUUGGCUGGGGGGGUGGGGGGUGGGGGGAGUUUGUGCAAGCUGGGCCAGUGAUGUGGAAUCCCAUGUCUCUGGCAUUUGUGAGAAUAUUCUGUGCAUAGUUUGGUCACCCAAUUGCAUUUCCAUGAAAUAUUUUACCAGCUCUCUUGCACUCACAUACUUUUGUGCAUGCACAAAAAACACAUUUACACACUGAGAUGAACAGACAAUGCAUUUCUCAAUGCCACAUUGUGGUGGUUUGAUUCAGAAUAUAAUUUUUUUGGCAUUAACCAUUCACACAAAAGUAUGCAAUUUUUGAGAGGCCCAUAACAAAACAGAACAUCACACAUCCCACCACAGCAAUCAGCAACACAUUCAGUGACUCCAUGACAUCUUGUCCAGUUGGCUGUGGACUUAGCUGGCCUGUUUUCUAUCAGUGAGCAGCAAAGAAAAGCUGGGAAAAUAAAUACUCGUCUGCGAAUUUUGAAUCUGACAACUGGUUUCUGUGUGUUCUUAUUAUUACACUACUGAAAUAUUAUGAGCUAUGGAAAUACAGCAACAUAUCAGUAGCAACCGUUUUUCGAAGUUGUAAAAGAAGCAUCUGCCUUAACAAAUUCAGGACGAGAACUAUGCAGUUACGUUUUUUUCUCUCCCCAAAAGGGGUCGAAGAGAAAGUCAGUCUUAUUUCAGUGUUCAAACAGAUACAGUGUGACUGAACAUUUGAAGUAAUCCAGCAUGUUAUGUUGAGGAAAACAUCAGUCUUUUCUCCCAUCCAUCCAUCCACAGACGUUGCCUUGAACAACAGCUCAAGUCUUUAGAAUUGGUUCUGGUCCCAUUAUCAGCUUAUUUGUCUGACAUAAUCAUGCGAACACAGCCACUAUCAGAUCUUCAAAAUUCUUCCAAUGGUCUCAGACACUCUGAGCUAUGAAAUCCUUUCAUUCGGUGUGGUCCCACAUGUUGUAUGAACUCAUACGAUGUAUCAGACUGUAGUCAGUGCACUUUUUCCAAAAGACUCAUCCACUUAUUUUUGUCCUUUACCCCUGCAACGAGUACCUGAUGUGCAAAAUGAAGCCGUGACAAACGGAGCUUAUUCUCACUUCCUCUUCACGCUUCUGUGCCCCUCUGCCCAUCUUUCGCUUGUUCUCAUUUGCAAGUGAACACCUCUGUUUUUUCACUACAGGUGUUGCACUUGACGAAGCAGCACCACUGGAACUUGCAGUUACACUGCCACACACGUGUAUACUGUCGUGUGUCAUGACCGCGACCGCAGCACAUGAGGUUGCAGCCAUCUGGGUGGGGUGAGGUGUGGUUGCAGAGGCGGCCCCUGGUCCCUGUACUGCCUGUCAAUGCAUCCUCCUCACAGUAGUUGGGGGAGCGUUCCAGAUACACCAGGUCCGUGUCAGUAGGCUUAAUGAAGUCAUGUGACUGUUUAAGACGCAGGAAGGCAGGCUGGCGCAGGCGUGUGGCUCGCACUACCUCCACCUGUACAGCAGCACCAUACCGCUCUUUCAGCACAUAGCCAAUCUCACGGAACUUAGGCAAUGUCGUCCAGCAUGUCUUUGUGGUACAGGAGCCCGAGACGCCAUGGCACUUGCACUCCAGCUUCAUCCUCUCUUCCAGAAUCUGAGAGAGCAGGGACACAAUGUAUCAUUGUAGGGCAACUCCAAGCCAGAUGCAUGAAAGCCGUGAAUGCCCAACUAUAUCAAACCAAUUUCAAUCUAUUAGCUAGUUAUUACACUUUUCAUCAGUUCUCAGGGCAGGAAAAAUAUCAAAAUGUGCUAGCUUCUUGCCAAGUACUAACUACAGAAUGCUACAGGAAAAGGCAUUUUCCUGCUUCAAAUGAAAACUCACAAACGUAGCAAUUUUUGUGUUAUUAAAAAUGUUACACAAAUAGUAUAAUUUUAAAUGCAGAUGAUAUACUGAUUUUUAUGGACAACUCGGCUGAUUUUAUAACAAACUCACCCACUUUUCAACUUAAAAAAAAGUCUAGUCCAGUUUGUUUUUAAAGUGUAUCUAGCCUUUAGAUUUAAUUUUUUUUUUUUUUUUUAAAGUUUGUAUAGAUGAAUAGUAGUAUUAUUAAUCUCAAGGAACUUGACUUGAAACUAAAAUUGCAUCAGAUUUGACAUUUGUGGUAUUAGCAAAUUCAUGCAGCUGAACGAUGAAGGAAAUGCUUCACAUUCUGCUUUGACUCGUUGCGGCAAAACAAACCAAACCCUAUUAUUCAAUAAAUUCUGUGCAAUGCCCCAAUAAGUGUUGCCAGCUAUAUGUCAGAUCUGGGAGGAAAAAAUAGUUUUUUGCCAAAACAUACCUUGUAAUUUUCCCUACCUUCCAAAAGCCACAUCAGAAGGCAAGAAAAAUAUCCACGACUCUCAAGUAACCAUUUGUUUAUACAGUUACGUUUGAGUUAAAUGUGGAUCUGUUUGUUUUUUUUUUUGUUUUUUUUUGUUUUUUAUGACGUUACUGAUAUGUUUCACAGGCGGUUGACUUUAAACCAUUUCAUUUAUGGCUGAGAUUAGCUCUGAAUUAAAGGGACUGGAAAGGUUUCACCAUUAAGACUAAAUUAAUGUUACCACAAUUUUCUUUUGCUUAACUGCAUCUCUUUAAUAAGAUUUUGAGCUUCCACUUCACCUAACAUUACUUUAAUUUUAGUAAAAUAAUCAAUUAAAAAAUCAGCUGAUAAGACUGUUUUGUCUUGUUUCUGAAGGCCUCAUCAUGGCAUGUUGGUAAAGCUGAGCAGGACCUGAUUUGGCUGUGUAUGAAUAAAGAGAGUCAACGAAAGAGAGGAAGAGAAAGAGACUAGCAAUAAUAUCCUGUAUCCUGACUUAAUACUCUGUAAUUCAAUGAACGGACUGAGGGGCUGUGGCAGGCCUCCAAUUGGCAGCCACUGGUCGAGUUGGCCUUUGCAUUCCUGUCACACACGAAGAAAGCCUCAAUUCCAUAACCACUCCAUUAGGCACUGUAAUUCUACUUAUGGAUGGGCUUUGUAUGCCCAACAGCCCCCUUUUCUUGGCCUCUGAAGUGACAAAUGAAACUAGGGAGCAAGGCCUAGGUCAGGCUAGGCUAAUCGGGAAGUGGAACAUUUCCAUAAUGCAUGCCAAUUUGCCUUUAUUAUAAAUGUGUACCUGGAGACAUUGUACAGUGCUGCAGAAAAUGAACACUGCGUAAUGUUUUGCAGAAAACAUAAUCUGUAUCAAGAAGUACAGACUGCUCCUGUGAAUUAUAUUACAUGAUGUGUUACAUUUUGAAAUUAGUCUUUUAGAUUAGUCAUUGCUUUUUGUCCCAAGCAGUUUAUAAUCAUUUCUCAAUUAAAAAAAGCCUGUUCCCUUAUUAUAAUGUAGCAGAAUCAGUGUGGGGUGGAAAAUGUGCCCAUACCCCCUGUGUCAAACAAUGGAGGAGAAGACUGAUUGAUUCUCCUUGUUGGCCAAUUAGCUGGGAAGUUACAUACAGUCAUGUGAAAAAAAUUAAUACACCCCAUGGAAAUUGUUAGCCUUUUUGACAUAUUUGGAAAAGCAAACAUUUAAUCUUUGAAACAGUGCCUAUUAAUAAGGUUGAUAUACUUGAACAAAACCAUGAGGAAAAAUAGUUUUUUCAACAGAAAUGUCAAUAGAUUUGAUUUUCCUCUGUGGAAAAAGUAAGUACAUUCCUGGAAUCAGAAGCUACUAUUGCCCCCUUUAGCAGAAAUAACUUCUUGUAGGCAUUUUGCAUGGUUGUCCACCAGGCUUGCUGGAAUU